AUGUCUUUGCAAGUUGUCGAUGUCCGUUUUGAGCAUUAUCGCAGUCCCAACACUUUGGGUGUUCAUGAGCACAAACCACGCGUUUCCUGGCGUCUCAGCAACGCCCCUCCAGGCUUUGAGCAGCAAGCUUAUGAACUGCGCUUGGAGAAGGUCAUCGGACAGGAAAACCACCUCGUGUGCACUUCUCAAGUGGAAUCUUCAGAGUCCCAUUUAGUGCCUUGGCCAGCUGAGUCGCUCGUUUCUCGUUCGAGAUACACUGUUUGCAUCCGAGUCCGUGGGAAAGGAGAGACAUCCUUUUCCGAUUGGAGCGAACAGGCUUGGCUGGAGACAGGUCUGCUCAACCGGAGUGACUGGAAAGGCAAUUUCAUUUCGGCUCCUUGGUCAGAAAAGGACAAUGAUAAGCCAAAACCAGAAGAUCUCUUCCGCAAGGCAUUUACGUUGAAUUCUGGCAUCGCAUCAGCUCGCCUCUACAUAACCGCGCAAGGUAUUUAUGAGGCAGAGAUCAAUGGCCGUCGCGUUGGCGAUUAUUUCCUGGCGCCUGGUUGGAGCUGUUACGACAACGAAUUGACAUAUCAGACGUAUGAUGUUACCGAUCUUCUUGACUGCCGGGACAAUUGUCUGGGCGUCCGUCUUGCCGAAGGCUGGUUCACUGGCAGAUUGAGUUUCGAUGGCGGCAUACGCAACAGAUAUGGCACGCGCACAAGCCUCCUUGCACAGCUCGAGUUGCAGUAUUCCGACGGGUCUUCGCAAGUUAUUACAACAGACAAUGACUGGAUGGUAGCUCAAGGCCCCAUUCGCCUGGCGGAAAUUUACAACGGCGAAAAGUACGAUGCUACGGUUGAGUUACCUGGCUGGUCUUCUCACGAGCACGUCACUGGACAUUGGGAGCGUGCCGUUACAUUGCCAUUUAUAUCUGAGAAGAUCAACUUGACAGCCGGUUAUCGUGAGCCUGUCCGACGAAUUGAAACAUUGAAGCCAAUUUCCAACAUCACAACACCAUCUGGGAAGACAAUCCUCGAUUUCGGGCAGAACCUGGUGGGAUAUGUUCGGAUCAAAGCAGUUAAAGGACAGCGUGGCCAUGAAGUCACAUUGAAGCAUGCUGAGGUCCUCGAAAAUGGAGAACUGGGUGUGAGGCCUCUCCGCGUUUGUGACGCCACGGAUGUCUACACACUCAGAGGAGAUACUGAACCGGAAGUGUACGAGCCUCGAUUUACAUAUCAUGGCUUUCGUUAUGUUCAGGUCGACAACUGGCCUUCCCAAGACCAGGAUGUUGUCGCUGCGCUCGAGGCUGUUGUCUGUCAUACUGAUAUGGAAGAGCAAGGAACCUUUGCAUGCUCCAAUGAUAAGCUGAACCAAUUAUUCAGCAAUGUCCGCUGGAGCAUGCGAGACAACUUCCUUUCAAUUCCAACAGACUGCCCACAGCGCGAUGAGCGACUUGGCUGGACUGGUGAUUUGGCCUUGUUUGCGCCAACAGCUACUUAUAUCUAUGGAUGUUACCCGAUUCUUCGAGACUGGCUCAAGGGUGUAUGGUUUGACCAGCAGCGACAGGGAGGAGUACCUCCAAUGGUCUCACCAAACAUCCUUGACAAAUGUAGGAUUUGGGGCCCUGUUUGGCCUUGCGCUAUUUGGCAUGAUGUUGUUGUCUUGGCUCCUUGGGCACUGUACGAAGAAACGGCGGACCCUGCUAUCUUGGCUGACCAGUUUGAGUCCAUGGAAACGUGGUUCAAAGUCAUCCCCAAGAACAAGGACCGAUGCACCCACUUGUGGGAUUUUAAUGCCGAUCAACUCUCCGACUGGCUUGACCCAAGCGCUCCCCCAGACGAUGCUGCCAAAGCCACGACAGAUCCUCCACUGGUAGCCAACGCAUUUCUGAUCAACUCCCUCGACAUCAUGGCACGCGUCUGCAGCGUUCUUGGAAAGGCCGAAGAUCAUUUGCUCUACAAAUCAUGGGCCGACAAUGCACGAGCAGAGUUCACCGAAGAAUACGUCUCCCCAAGCGGGCGACUUGUAUCAGACACGCAAACCGCUUACUCGUUAGCAAUCUGCUUCAAGCUCCUCAACAAGGACCAAUUAUCACGAGCUGGGUCGCGACUUGCAGAAAUCGUUCGAAGAAAUGCCUUUCGCAUCGGCACCGGCUUUGCUGGUACACCUUUUGUCUGCGAAGCCCUCACCUUGACUGGCCAUAGCAACGUCGCUUAUUCCAUGCUUCUCAAUGAGAAAUGCCCCUCGUGGCUCUAUGCUAUCUCGAUGGGAGCUACUACAACUUGGGAACGUUGGGACAGUAUGCUACCUGACGGAUCAAUCAACCCUGGCGAGAUGACCAGCUUCAACCAUUACGCUUAUGGGGCGAUCGCCAAGUUUAUGGUUGAACGACUUGCUGGAUUGCAGCGGGUUGAAGCUGGAUGGAAGAGAUCUAGGGUUCAACCUGUUGUUGGAGGCGAUUUCACUUGGGCGUCUGCAUCGCAUUUGACGCCUUACGGCAGGGUGUCGAGCUCAUGGAAGCUUGAAGGUGACAAGACAGGAAAGCAGGUCGUUCGUGUAGAUGUUGAAGUGCCACCAAGCACGUCCAUGGAAGUUGUUCUGCCUGGUGAGAAUGGCACUCAGAAGACUGAAGUUGUUGGAUCAGGAAAGUGGUCAUUCACGGCAGAUUAUAACAAGCAAGGGGAAUGGCCUGUGAAGGAGAUCAAGUUCAUCUUAGCCAAGAUUGUUGAGGAGUUCCAGAAAGCAGAAGAGGCCAAGGCUUGA